CAUGCGCAAAACUUAAACCAGUUAUGAGACAACUUUCAUUACGUGCUGACGUUUCGAACGAACAACAACUGAACGCGUCGAGAAGCGGUUAAAAUUUGGAUAUUUUUCUUUUUUAUUUCUUCAGCGAGUUUUACGUCGUGUUUUUGUGUCGGUUGUUUUCUUUAAAAUGUUUUAAAAAUAAAAUGUUUAAAAACACUUUGGCAUUUAAAAGAAAUUUGUUAAAUAAAUAAAAAGUCAAAUCUAAAGAGGUGAUGAUAGUGACAGUGUUUUUUGUCUACGAAUCAAGAAAAGAAAGUGAAAAUUUUCACUGGAAAUUAUAAAUAAUAAUAUUAAACCAAUAAUCAUAAUACAAGUAUAACAUAAAAUAAAAAUUGUAUCUUUAUAUACAAGAUAUAAUAAUGUUAACAGCCUUACCUACUCCAACAGCAACAACAAGAUCGUCAACAACAACAACAGCAACUUUAAUAACAACAUCAAAAUUAACACCAACUGGUGGUGGGCAUAAAAGAAAAAUGUUUGUUAACAAAAAACUGUCACAGUCUAUAACGGCAACAGCAGUAGCGACUAAUACAGCAACUGUGAAAUCGAAAAAGUUUAAAAAUAUAAGCGCAGUUUGGCUAUGGUCGCUGUUAAUAAUUUGUACAUUGCGUGUAACUUACAGUCAAGUUUGUGGUCCUCCUGCAGUUCCUUUAAAUGCUAAAGUGCAAACAGUAUCCGAUGGUACCUCGAUUUUAGAAGCAAAAUAUGAAUGUGAUUCGGGUUAUGAGCUGUUCGGGCCAACAACCAUUAAAUGUGAUUCCCGUACAGGUUGGGAAAAAGAAUUACCCUUCUGUGGCACAAAUGUGGCCUAUCGAAAACCGGUCAAUCAAAGCUCCUACACAAGGGCUGGUCCCGCUCAAUAUGCCAACGAUGGCCAACCGGGCAAUAAAAAUCCCGAUGGUCAACAAUGCUCCGAAACACAAAAAGAACCCUCUCCCUGGUGGCGAGUAGAUCUUUUAACUCCACAAGCUGUAAGAGUGGUACGUAUUACAACCAGAGGCUGUUGUGGUCAUCAACCUUUACAAGAUUUGGAAAUAAGAGUGGGCAAUAGUAGUGCAGAUUUACAGAGAAAUCCUUUGUGUGCCUGGUAUCCAGGCACUUUAGAUGAGGGCAUUACCAAGACCUUUACAUGCGCACGUCCCUUGGUGGGUCAAUAUGUGGCCAUACAAUUAGUGGGUGUCGAAGGCAGUCUUAGUUUGUGUGAAGUGGAGGUUUUUACCAACGAUGAAUUCUCGGUAGAUCGUUGUCUAAGCUCAAACUUGGCAGUGGACACUGUUUUAACGACUUUCUCUAAGACGUGUUAUGAGUUUCACGUAACAAAGGGAGAGAAUUUUGAAAAGGCUCAACAGAUGUGUAUGACGACGGGUGGCAAUUUGGUGCACGAUUUUCGUGGAGCUGCCAACGAUUAUAUACUUGCUGAAUUGGAACGACGUAAAUCGGAAUUAAAAACACAACUUGUAUGGAUAGGUGCACAAAAGGAACCAGGAAUAACAUCACGCACAUGGAAAUGGGUGAAUGGUGAAAUAGUACAGAAACCUGCUUGGGGUAAAGAUCAACCCAAUAAUUAUAAUGGUGAACAAAAUUGCGUGGUUUUAGAUGGUGGCCGCAACUGGCUGUGGAAUGAUGUGGGUUGUAAUCUGGAUUAUUUGCAUUUCAUAUGUCAGCAUGCUCCACUAUCUUGCGGCUCACCAGAUUCCCAACAAAAUACAACAAUUGUUGGUAAAAAUUAUACAAUUGACAGUACGAUACAAUACAAAUGCCCCAAGGGUCAUUCAUUAAUUGGUGAUGCAGAACGUACAUGUCGUACCGAUGGCACAUGGAGCGGAAAGGCACCCACUUGUAAAUAUGUCGAUUGCGGUCCAUUGCCUGAAUUAGAGCACGGUUCAGUGUUUAUGUCCGAACAGCGUACCAGUUAUGGUGUGCAGGCCACUUAUAGUUGUCAUGAGAAUUACACAUUGAUUGGUAAUGAAAAUAGAACUUGCGGAUUGGAGGGUUGGACGGGUAAACAGCCCGAAUGCUUGGUUGAUUGGUGUCCCGAGCCACCAGAGAUACAAGGAGGCUCGGUGGUGGUAACCGAUAAGAGAGCAGGCUCCACGGCCACAUAUGAAUGUGAAACUGGUUAUGUCUUAGUGGGAGAACCGGUUAUAUCUUGCGGCUUGGGAGGUGAAUGGUCCAGCAAAGCUCCUUCUUGCCGAUUUGUGGAUUGUGGUUCACCAGCUAGACCGGAUCAUGGUGUGGCAGUUUUGAUAAACUCUUCUACCACUGUGGGCUCUAUGGUUAAAUAUGAAUGUGAAGAUGAUUAUUGGCUAGAUGGUCCUUCGGAUCUUUAUUGUACUAAAGAAGGCAAAUGGUCGGGUGAUGCUCCAGUAUGUGAAUUAGUUACAUGCGAUACGCCACAUGUACCUCCCGGUUCUUUUGUUGUGGGUUAUGAUUAUAAUGUUCACUCUAAAAUUACCUAUAAUUGUGAUCCUGGACAUGUUUUGAGAGGAAAUCCUAUUUUAGAAUGUUUAGAUACCGGUGAUUGGAGUACAGAAGCUCCGUUCUGUGAAUAUAUUGACUGCGGAACUAUAACUCCUAUACCUUAUGGCAGUCAUAAAUAUACUACCAACACCACCUAUGUAGGAUCGGAGGUAACUUUUAGCUGUUCUCAGUCUCAUAAGUUAAGUGGGGUACCUAAACGUACUUGUCUAGAAUCGGGAAUAUGGAGUGAUUCCUCGCCAAAAUGUGAAGAAAUACGUUGCACGGAACCAGCUUUAGCUCCUCAUAGUUUGCUGUCGGUCACAGGCAAUGACCGUAUGUAUGGUCGUACCUUGAUAAGAACUGCAGAGUCUGCUACGAACUCAGCUCAAACUUAUAGAAUUGGAGCUUUGGCUAAAUAUCGCUGUGAACGUGGGUACAAGAUGGUGGGCGAAGCUUUAGUGACCUGCGAAGACAAUGGUAAAUGGAGUGGUAAUGUUCCCGAAUGUGUUUAUGUUGAAUGUGGUACACCUAUGAAUAUUACCUUUGGUAAAGUCACCUUGGCCACGAAUGCCACAUAUUAUGGAGCAGCUGCCCUCUACGAGUGUGAUAACAAUUUCAAAUUAGAUGGUGUUUCAAGACGUUUAUGUACCGAAGAUGGUACUUGGAGUCAUGAGGCUCCACAUUGUGUAGAAAUCACCUGUGAUGAACCAGAAUUAAGUGAAAGUUUGAUAGUGGAGGCUGGUGAAAGAUCAGUGGGUUCAUUAGCUAAAUUUAGAUGUCAGAGAGGACGUAAUUUGAUUGGUAAUGAUACGAGAGUAUGUCAGAAAUCAGGAAAAUGGACUGGUAAAAGUCCAGUUUGCAAACCUGUUGAUUGCGGACGCCCCUUGCCUAUUGAGAAUGGCCGUGUAAUUGUGGUUAACGAAUCUACUUUAUAUGGUGGCUCAGCUGAAUACCAUUGUAUACCCGGUUUUAAUCGUAUAGGCCAAUAUUUACGUAAAUGUACCGAAGAUGGUAUGUGGAGUGGUGAUGAGCCUCGUUGUGAAUUGUCCGCUACAGAAGCUCAAGAAAGUGGUAGCUUAGGAACAGGCAUUGCUAUAGGUGCCACAGUUAUUAUAGCUCUACUUAUAUUGAUUGGUCUAAUAUUCAUACAUCGUAAUAAAGCCCGUCCAGUAAAGAAUACGGAAAAUAUACAAGCUGCCGAAACUAAAGAUGAAAGAAGUGCCGCUGUAAUGUCUUAUUCAACGUUAGAAGCCAAUAAUCGAAAUAUGCACCUAGAUAAUGGUCCUCCCGCUACUUUUAAUACAUUUCAUGGUGGUAGAGGUAUGAAUGGCAAUGGUACAGUAGGUCGGUCUGAAAACAUUUACGAUCAAAUUCCCAACGAACAAUUCUACGAUGCCCCCUAUGAAAUGCGCACAAAUGAUGAAGUGUAUGAACCUGAACCUACAGCUGGAAAUGUCAUUACAAUUAAUGGUAUAUCUGUUAGAUAAACUUUUAUCGAUCUUUUUUCAUAAGAUUUGUUAGUUUACUUGAACAGCUAUAUUCCAAAAUUGUUUUAUUUAAAGUAAUGAAAAACAAAUGACUGUAUUAUUAUCAAAAUUUGAUUGAAAUAUAACUUUAUUCCUUAAGUAUCCUAAAAAAACACAAACAAAUUUAAAACUUAUGUUUUGUAGAUUUUGUAUAAAGAAAAUUUAAUUAUAAUUAUUUAGUUUGUUAAGAAUUUUUUUGUUU